UCCAGAGUGACUUACAGGAGGAGCAAGGGCACAUUGACAGAUAUUUCACCUAUUUAGCUCUGGGAUUUGAACCAGCAACCUUUCAGUUACUGGCCCAAUGCUCUUAACCACUAGGCUAGGCUACCUACCUGAUUAACUGAGAAGGGAAUAAAUGUUCAUACAGGGAGACAUUUUCAUUGGAGAAUCACUGAAGAAUAUGGAUAUACUCAAAGCCUUGCGUUACAACCUCUUGGUCAACCGUGUCAGACAGGCCUCACCCUCAUUCCAGCGGAUCAAUAGUAGGGAUGAAGAGAAUCAGGAAAAAGAUUUUGAGAUUGUCGAAGUGGACAGUCUUCAUACACAAAGACGGUGCCUUUCAGACAGGCAGGAUUUAGACUACCUCAGCUCGGAGGACCCAACGAAGCCUGAGCUCACAGACCAAAGCAGCCUCCUUCACAUUGGUCAGCUAUGUCAGCUAAAUGAGCAUCUUCCUGCCCGGCUAGAGCAGUGCCCCUGGUCUCUGGUUUACAGCACCCAGAGACACGGCACCAGCCUGGGCACUCUGUACAAGAGCAUGGGGGGCAUGGACUGCAGCACCAGUACCCUCACUGUCAUCAGAGACAACUGUGGACAGGUGUUUGGUGCAUUUUGUCCUACUACUCUUCGAAUCAGUCUGUCAUACUAUGGAACAGGACACACAUUCCUCUUCUCCUUCUCUCCACAACUCCAGGUUUAUGAAUGGAAGUUUAGUAACUCCUUCUUUGUGAAGGGAAGUCGAGACUACCUGGCAUUUGGUGGAGGAGGGGGUCUCUUUGGCCUGUGGUUAGACGAUGGCCUGAUCCGUGGGCAGAGCCAGAGGUGUGACACAUUUGACAAUGACGUGUUGUCCUCCUCUGACGACUUCCUAAUCAACGACCUGGAGGUUUGGGCCAUCUCCUGAGACAAGGGACUGCAUGCUACUGCUUACUUAAAUGUUAUACAACGAUUGUGACAGUGGAUGGAAUUGAAAAAGACUGUACCUCUCAUCUAAUGAUCCAAAGCGUGGCUCCCUGUGCAAGGUGAUUCAACUCCGUCACCUCAAUAUUUUCCAUUACAAACAGAUAAGGCCCCUAACUCACCAGCUUUAGAAGCAUUGGGAAAACAGAAAUAGAGUACUACUGGCCUCUGGUGUUCAAUGAUUUAGACCGUGUGUAAUAAUCACUCCUCUCUGUUGGCCUUAUUUUCUGCUUGGUAUGUCUGUAUCAUUCUGUGGAGAUUUGGAUUACUUCAGAAAUAUUCUGCUGGGAGUUAAACAAUUAAAGGACAGUCAGAUUAGCACAGUUGACUGGUCAAUCUCAAUCAAUAACACAUGAGAGAAGUUGUCUUUAUUGGCAAAGUGCCCAGUGACCGUUGAUUUACAACUCUAGAGGGCGCCCUUGUCACAGAGCUCCUUUGUCUUGCUCUCUCUCGCUCUGUUUUGCUCUCUCGCUCUCGUUCUAUACAUUACCUUCAGAAAGUAUUUACACCCUUUGACUUUUUCCACAUUUGUGUUACAGCCUGAAUUUAGAAUUGAUUAAAAAAAAAAAAAAAUUAAAUGUCACCAGCCUACAUAUAAUACCGCAUAAUGUCAAAGUGCAAUUAUGCUUUUUGAUUUCUUUUGAUAAAUUACUUACAAAUGUAAAGCUGAAAUGUCUUGAGUCAAUAAGUAUUCAAGCCUUUUAUGGCAAGCCUAAAUAAGUUCAAGAGUAGAAAUGUGCUUAAUAAGUCACAUAAAUUGCAUGGAGUCUUUCUGUGUGCAAUAAUGUUUAACAUUUUUGAAUGACAUCCUCAUCUCUGUACCCCACCUAUACAAUUAUCUGUAAGGUCCCUCAAUCGAGCAGUGAAUUUCAAACAGAUUCAACCACAAAGACCAGGUACUAAAUGGGUUUUUUAAACAGACAUUGAAUAAUAUUUUGAGCACGUGUCAAACUCGUUCCACUGAGAAUUGAGUGUCUGCGGGUUUUCGCUCCUCUCUUGUCUAGGUUUAAAUUUUAAACAAAAACCAGCAGACACUAGGCCCUCCAUGGAAUGAGUUUGACACCCCUACCUUUGAGCAUGGUGAAGUUAUUAAUUACAUUUUGAAUGGUCUAUCGAUACACCCAGUCACAAAGAUACAGCAGUCCUUCCUAACUCAGAUUCUGGAGAGGAAGGAAACCGGUCAGGGAUUUCACCAUGAGUCCAAUGGUGACUUUAAAACAGUUAGAGUUGAAUGGCUGUGAAAGAAGAAAAUGGAGGAUGGUUCAACAACAUUGUACUCCACAAUACUAACCUAAUUGACAGAGUGAAAAGAAGGAAGCCUGUACAGAA